AUGUCAAGGCGGCGCCGAAUUCUACUGGCGGCGGCCGAUUCGACGGCGUAUGCGCAGUCAAAGAAGGGGGAAGACUACUACUUAGUGAAGACCGACUGUCAGAGAAUAGCUGGGAAUCCUUCCUCCGCCUUUCAUGUCUUCGCGAUCUUUGACGGGCACAAUGGCAAUGCUGCUGCAAUUUUUGCAAGGGAUAAUUUGCUGAACCACAUAAUUGGCGCUAUUCCUCGAGGGCUUGGGAGGGAGGAGUGGCUAAGCGCUCUUCCACGUGCUUUGGUUGCAGGAUUCGUGAAGACUGACAAAGAGUUUCAGAGCAAAGGGCAAACUUCUGGGACUACUGCUACAUUUGUGAUUAUUGAUGGUUGGACUAUUACUGUUGCUUCGGUUGGUGACUCUCGUUGCAUUCUGGAUGCUCAGGGAGAUGUUUCCCUUCUUACAGUAGAUCAUAGACUAGAAGAAAAUGCUGAAGAGAGGGAGAGAGUGACUGCUAGUGGAGGUGAGGUAGGAAGGCUUAGUAUUGUGGGCGGCGCUGAGAUUGGCCCCCUCCGAUGCUGGCCUGGUGGGUUGUGCCUUUCCAGGUCCAUUGGUGAUAUGGAUGUGGGAGAGUUUAUAGUUCCCAUACCACAUGUUAAGCAAGUAAAGUUAGCGAAAACAGGGGGAAGGUUAAUAAUUGCUUCAGAUGGCAUUUGGGAUGCAUUACCAUCUGAGAUUGCUGCAAAAUGUUGUCGCGGGUUGACUGCAGAGCUUGCUGCUCGACAAGUCGUAAAGGAAGCACUGAGGUCAAGGGGGCUGAAAGAUGACACAACAUGCAUUGUUGUUGAUUUGAUUCCACCGAAUGAUUUCAUAGAAGGGCCUCCAUCACCACCGAAAGAAUUAAAUAAACUAAAGUGCUUAGGUUUCAGAAAAAAGUCGCGAGAUUCUCCCAGCAAUCUGGCGAAGAAAUUGUCUGCUGUUGGUGUGGUAGAAGAAUUAUUCGAAGAAGGUUCAGCAAUGUUGGCCGAGAGGUUAGGAGGACAUCAGUCUGCAUCAUCAAAAUUAUAUUCCAGUCUCUUCAAAUGUGCUAUUUGCCAAUUGGACCUUGCUCCUUGUGAGGGCAUAUCAGUUCAUGCUGGCUCCAGGCCAUGGGAAGGCCCUUUCCUCUGCGCCGACUGCCGGAACAAGAAGGACGCCAUGGAAGGCAAGCGACCGAGCGGCGUGAAGGUCCCGUAGCUCUUCCUCACCUUCUCUAUUCUUGAUUCUUUUACUGGAUUAACAAAAAAAAAAUAUUUUUUUUUUUUAUUUUGUCUGCCAUUUUCCUGAACUUUUUCUUAAUUACAUGUUUAGAGGAUAGCUGGGUUAGUUAGUGAUGAUGGAAUGUGGCAUUUUAUUAUUAAAUUCCUUUCUUUUGGAGGGCUUUAAUCCUCAGAGUGUGUAGUAGCUUGUAACACAUAGCUCAGAAUAUAUUGUGGAAUGAGUUCAUAACAUUAUUGUUAUUAUUAUUAUUGUACAUUUUAUUAACAAUUUACAUGAUUUGAUGAAUUUGUGGUGAGUUUGGAAAAAUGGAUUGUUAGUGCAUAAA